UUUAACGCGUGGAGGCUCCUUUCCCCUUCUUUGGCAGGAAGGGGGCCUCGGAGAAGAAGAGUCGAGACGCAACUGGGAAUGUAAAUCCCCGGGAUGCAUGAGAGAAAAUCUAGAUUUAUGGUUUCUUCCUGGAUCCCUCCGAAUCUCCCCAUCUCUACCCAACUCCGAUCAAAUCCAAACCGAUCCUUCUAGGAUUCCUGGCGCCGCCAUUUCUUCCGGCCUCUCGCUGACGUCCCCCGCCGAUCUUGGCCGUCGAUUCUGGGGUUCCGACGGGGUGAAGGAUGUUCUCGCUGCAGAGCGACGCUCGCUUGCAUCAACUGCCGCCGCCGCCGCCGCCGCAACAGCAGCAACCGCCGCCGUCUGUGGUGGCGACGCAGCUGCAGCAGCUCUUCGGGGCGAAUGCGUCCGGCGGGCUAGGGUUCCACGGUGCCCCCAUCGGGAGCGCCGAUCUCGACGAGGCGUCAUUCCCUCUGCAACUGCUCGAUGACUCCGCCGAUAUCAAACCCUUGAUCGCAAAACCACUCGAAGGCGAUGAGGACGUGCAUCUGGUGCUUGCUCAUCAGAGUUAUAAAGCGGGAGACUAUAAUCAGGCAUUGGAACACUGCAAUGCUAUUUAUAGGAAAAAUCCAAAGCGCACUGAUAAUCUUCUUCUUCUUGGUGCAAUCUAUUAUCAGCUGCAUGAUUUCGACAUGUGCAUUGCGAAGAAUCAGGAAGCUCUUGCAAUUGAUCCUCAUUUUGCAGAGUGCUAUGGAAACAUGGCAAAUGCUUGGAAGGAGAAAGGCAAUAUUGAUCUGGCAAUUCGUUGUUAUCUGAUUGCUAUUGAGCUCCGGCCCAAUUUUUCUGAUGCAUGGUCAAAUUUAGCUAGUGCAUAUACACGAAAAGGAAGACUUAAUGAAGCAGCACAGUGCUGUCGCCAAGCUCUUGCACUUAAUCCUCGUUUGGUUGAUGCUCAUAGCAACCUUGGAAAUCUGAUGAAGGCACAGGGACUAGUUCAAGAAGCCUACAAUUGCUAUGUGGAGGCUCUACGCAUACGACCUUCUUUUGCAAUUGCUUGGUCCAAUCUAGCUGGUCUCUUUAUGGAGGCAGGAGAUCUUAACAGAGCUCUUACGUACUACAAGGAAGCAGUUAAACUAAAGCCAACGUUUGCUGAUGCCUACCUGAACCUUGGGAAUGUGUACAAGGCUUUAGGAAUGCGUCAAGAGGCUAUCAUAUGCUAUCAGCAUGCUAUACAGGCACGCACAGACUAUGCAACGGCUUAUGGAAAUCUUGCUAGUACAUACUAUGAACAAGGCCAACUGGAUUUGGCAAUUCUGCAUUACAGACAAGCCAUCAAUUAUGAUUCAGCUUAUGUGGAGGCAUACAAUAAUCUGGGGAAUGCUCUGAAAGAUGCUGGCAGAGUGGAUGAGGCUAUUAGUUGCUAUCAGUCAUGCCUUGCAUUACAACGUAACCACCCACAAGCUCUUACAAACCUUGGGAACAUACACAUGGAAUGGAACAUGAUGAGUGUAGCUGCUUCAUAUUACAAGGCAGCUAUAUCUGUUACUUCUGGAUUAUCUGCUCCCUUCAACAAUUUAGCGGCGAUCUACAAACAGCAGGGGAAUUAUGUUGAAGCCAUAGCUUGCUACAAUGAAGUCCUUCGUAUAGAUCCUUUGGCAGCUGAUGGACUUGUCAAUAGGGGAAACACAUUCAAGGAGAUUGGUAGAGUUAGUGAGGCAAUUCAGGAUUAUAUUCGGGCAGUGACUAUCAGGCCAACUAUGGCUGAAGCUCAUGCAAAUUUAGCUUCUGCUUACAAGGACACUGCACAUGUGGAAGCAGCUAUUAAGAGUUACAAACAAGCAUUGCUGCUACGUCCAGAUUUUCCUGAAGCAACUUGCAAUCUCCUGCACACCUUGCAGUGUGUUUGCGAUUGGGAUGACAGGGCUAGCAGGUUUGCAGAAGUUGAGGGAAUCAUCAGAAAGCAGAUAAAGAUGUCAGUUCUUCCAAGUGUGCAACCAUUUCAUGCUAUAGCCUACCCAAUUGAUCCAAUCCUUGCAUUGGAAAUUAGCCGGAAAUAUGCAACACAUUGCUCUUUAAUUGCUUCUCGUUAUGGACUCCCUGCCUUCAGACAUCCCCUUCCUAUUCCCGUGAAGGCUGAAGGCGGAAGUGGUAGACUCAGAGUGGGGUAUGUGAGCAGUGACUUUGGUAACCACCCCCUCUCGCAUCUUAUGGGCUCUGUAUUUGGAAUGCACAACAGAGAGAAUGUUGAGGUAUUCUGUUAUGCCUUAAGUCAAAAUGAUGGUAGCAAAUGGAGGCAGCGUAUCCAAUCUGAAGCAGAGCAUUUUGUCGAUGUUUCUUCCAUGUCAUCUGAUGUGGUUGCCAGAAUAAUCAAUGAGGACAAAAUACAGAUCUUAAUCAACCUUAAUGGUUAUACCAAGGGUGCAAGGAAUGAAAUUUUUGCCAUGCAACCAGCACCAAUCCAGGUCUCUUACAUGGGCUUCCCAGGGACAACUGGUGCAACUUACAUUGACUACUUGGUUACUGAUGAGGUGCAUAGAUGUCCUCAACUUCUUAUCAUGCUUAGAAGUUGCUGUUUACCUUAUGGUUUCCUUUUUCUUCCACGACAGUUUGUUUCUCCCACACGUUUCUCACAUAUUUACUCGGAAAAGCUUGUCCAUCUUCCUCAUUGUUAUUUUGUGAAUGACUACAAACAGCAAAAUCGUGAUGUUCUGGAUCCAGUCUGUCAGCAUAAGCGAGCGGAUUAUGGUCUACCUGAAGAUAAAUUUAUUUUUGCAUGUUUUAAUCAGCUUUACAAGAUGGACCCUGAUAUAUUUAAUACUUGGUGCAAUAUUCUUAAGCGUGUUCCAAACAGUGCAUUGUGGCUGCUGAGAUUCCCAGCAGCUGGUGAAAUGAGACUGCGUGCAUAUGCUGCUGCACGGGGAGUGAGACCUGAUCAGAUCAUAUUCACAGAUGUUGCUAUGAAGGAUGAGCAUAUCAGACGCAGUGCUUUAGCAGAUCUUUUUCUUGACACGCCCCUGUGCAAUGGCCACACAACAGGAACAGAUAUAUUAUGGGCUGGCUUGCCCAUGAUAACACUUCCUCUGGAAAAAAUGGCCACGAGGGUUGCUGGUUCGUUGUGUCUAGCCACUGGAGUUGGGGAAGAGAUGGUUGUUAGCAGCCUGAAAGAAUAUGAAGAAAAGGCGGUGGCUUUGGCUGAAAAUCCUGCAAAGCUUCAAGCUCUUACCAAUAAACUUAAGGCAGCACGAAUGACCUGUCCUUUGUUUGACACAGCCAGAUGGGUGCACAAUCUGGAGAGGGCUUACUUCAAAAUGUGGAAUCUGUACUGCUCUGGUAGACAUCCACAGCCCUUCAAAGUGACAGAACAUGAUGCCGAAUUCCCAUAUGACAGAUAGUCUCGUAGAGGAGGCCUUGUAAAUAGUUAAAGAGUUUCAGCAUACCAUAAGAAAUGUUGUUGUAGUUGAUUCUCCAAAUGAUGCACUGGGAUGUGUUUGCACAUCCAUGGUGUGGAAGGAGGGCAAGGAUUGUCUUAGGUUUUGCCCUUUCCAAUGAACGAUAUACCUUAAAGUGUUGUUGCUGUUGGGGGUGAGAUAAGCCUCGACCAUUUAGUUCAGUCUAUACAUCUAAAUUUAACAUGUGGAGUAUCUAUAGAAAGCAGGAGGUAUAUUUGAAGGAUAUUGUCAUUACCCAGUAUCUAAAAUUUAACAUUGAUAAUUAAGUAUAUUUUGUUACGCUUGCAAUUA